AUGACUGAUUUUCUGAUCCUCUCAACGCUCAUAUUCAUCACGUCCCUGAUUCUGUGUUUAAUACCACGCUCACUCAACAGAGUGGACAAUAUAAAGAAAUUCUAUCCACACAUAACGGUGUUUGCUGCCGGCUUUAUGUUAGCGAUGCUGCUGCUCGACUUUAUCCCCCAUGUUGCUGGUAUAUGCAAGCACGGCAGUGGUUCAAAACACGUUGCCCACCAUUCAAUCGAUGAGUGCGAGAACCCGCAGAGCUGUGAUCAGCACCAAAACGAUACCAAGAAACACGAUGACCAUCAUGACCAUUCCCAUUCGCACGGAUUCUUUGGGCCGAAUCUGGGCUUUCUUAUCGCUGGCUGUGCAUUUAUUUUUCUAUUGAGCAUCGAUUCAAUCGUGCUCCACCACUCCCAUUGUGACAACGACCAGAUCGUACAAAUGAAUGACGGCCUCAACCACGGUGCCCAUGGACAUUCGCAUGCUCAUGAUCAGAUUGGAACGUGCAACACCAGCGCAAUCAAGGAAACAAAAUCAAAAGUACAGGCAAUCAUCUUCAUACUUGCGCUCUCGCUGCACUCGUUGUUUGAGGGUCUUGCAAUCAACAAGCAGCGCACUUUCGGCAUAUUUGAGGUCGGAAUCAUCGUGCACAAAAUGCUUGAAUCGUUUGCACUCGGCUUCACCGUGCACAUGGCAGAAUUCUCCUUUGCGUAUUCAAUUGUUCUGAUCACGGUGUAUUCCAUGCUCACACCUCUAGGAAUGGCGAUCGCGUAUCUCUUGCCGUGUAAUAAGCUUCUUAGCACGGCGUGCAAUGGCCUGGCACUUGGCAGCAUACUAUUCAUCGUCUGUGUGGAGAUGAUCCCGCCAAAUUUCCACAGCAAAUCAAGCGAUCUGACGAAAAUCGCCUCGUUAGCCACCGGGUAUGUUUUGACAGCUGUUAUAAUUCAUUUUAUGCAUUGCUAGAGCAGUUCAAAUAAAGCAUUAUGAUUUUACCGGCACUAUGUUUUCAAUUUUAGCAGUUCAAGUAAAGCAUUAUGAUUUUAC